AUUAUAUCACGAAAUCGGUUCUACUUUCACUCAUCUCGAACGGUAUAUAUUGUCUUUCUAAUAAUUUUACUGCGUUGGCGGCGCUUAACUUCACUAUUUUCUCGGCACAUAGAAGUGGACACCUCACCGUGUGACCGCCAUCUAUAAUCGAAUUUUCAGAUUAAAUACUAUUCACAAUGCAGAUUUUUGUGAAAACACUCACUGGUAAGACCAUCACCUUGGAGGUGGAGCCCAGCGACACUAUCGAAAACGUCAAGGCAAAGAUCCAGGACAAGGAGGGUAUUCCCCCAGACCAGCAGCGUUUGAUCUUUGCUGGUAAGCAGUUGGAAGAUGGUCGUACGUUGUCUGACUACAACAUCCAGAAGGAGAGCACUCUCCACCUAGUUUUGCGUUUGAGGGGUGGUAUGCAAAUUUUUGUCAAGACUCUUACUGGUAAGACCAUCACCUUGGAGGUGGAGCCCAGCGACACUAUCGAAAACGUCAAGGCAAAGAUCCAGGACAAGGAGGGUAUUCCCCCAGACCAGCAGCGUUUGAUCUUUGCUGGUAAGCAGUUGGAAGAUGGUCGUACGUUGUCUGACUACAACAUCCAGAAGGAGAGUACUCUCCACCUAGUUUUGCGUUUGAGGGGUGGUAUGCAAAUUUUUGUCAAGACUCUUACUGGUAAGACCAUCACCUUGGAGGUGGAGCCCAGCGACACUAUCGAAAACGUCAAGGCAAAGAUCCAGGACAAGGAGGGUAUUCCCCCAGACCAGCAGCGUUUGAUCUUUGCUGGUAAGCAGUUGGAAGAUGGUCGUACGUUGUCUGACUACAACAUCCAGAAGGAGAGUACUCUCCACCUAGUUUUACGUUUGAGGGGUGGCAAGGUGAUUGAAAUAUAAUUAAUGCACCUAAUUAUUCAACA